AUGUACCAACGCGACCGACUUGGGAAGCAGAGGCUGCAUCUCCGUGAAUUCGAGAAACCAGAAGCUGGGGAAGAGACCGAAGAAAUCAUUUCACAACCAGCGGUGACAGCGUAUUUGCAUAAUGCAGAUAAUGCAAUUCAGGAACAUCCUGAAUUGGAGGUGAACGGCACUCCAGUUACAGCAACUGUUGGUACAGGAGCACACACAACAAUCAUGUCGCCCAAAUAUGCAUCCAAAUGCAAUCUCAAGCGUCUCAUUGAUCGCCGGUUUCAUGGAACUGCAAAAGGUGUGGGGACGGCAAUCACUCUUGGUCGAGUUCAUUCUGCCCUGAUCAAAGUUGGCAAUAUGUCCCUCCCAUGGUCUGUUUUCGUCGUCGAAGGUGAUUACAUCGGACUACAUCUGGGACUCGAUAUAUUGCGGCACUAUCAAGCCCGCAUUGACUUGAAACAAAACGCCCUCGUCAUCCAAAACCAAGCUGUCUGUUUCUUAGCGGAGGGCGAAAUCCCGGGGGCUCUCAAAGAUGAAAUUGAGAGCAAAGAAAAUACGGCCAGAGGCUAG